AUGGAGCAGGGUGCUGUUCAGCUCAACAGACAGGCCUUUGUCUGUGCCAUAUGUUUGGAUCUGCUGAAGGAGCCGGUCACUCUUCCAUGUGGACAUAACUACUGUAGAGUCUGUAUUCAGAGCCACUGGGACCGACAGGUGCAGUGCACCUGUCCUCAGUGUAGACAGGUGCACAGCCCCAGACCUGUGCUCCAUGUAAACACCAUGGUGGCAGAGUUAGUGGAGCAGAUGAGGACUGAAUUCCUGUACAACACAAUGGACCCGGAGACUUGGAGGCAGCAGAUCUUGCACAGCAUUCAGGUCAAAGAGGCAGAGCAGCAGAGGCUCCAGCAGGAGGCGCUGUCCCUGAGGCAUCUUGCUGAUGAGGCAAUUAAACACAGCGAGGAGCGCUUCAGUUCGUUUGUGCGUGUGCUGGAAUCUGUUCACUGUGACGUGUCCCAAAAUAUCAGGACUCUGCAGGAGAAAGAAGAGGCCAAAAUGAAACAGAUCCAUGACCAACUGGUGCAGGAGGUCACAGAGCUGAAGAAAACCCUCUCAGCUCCAGAGAUGCUUCAGAGACACCUCCCUCCCUCUGCCUCACAGACAUACUCACUGCCCCUGGGGUACUUUGAGCAGGCCAAAUCAGCGGUGACCGCCCUCACAGACCUGCUCCAGUCAACUCUGACAGAGGGACUACAAAACAUAUCACAGGGUUUUACACAAGGCCAACCAUCAACCAGACCUCAACCAGGACCUCCACAACCUGAGCCCAGAACCAGAGAAGAGUUUAUGAACUAUGCACGAGAGAUUGUCCUGGACCCAAACACAGCUUACUUUAUGAUAACAGUAUCCAAUGAAAACAGACAAGCAACUAGGGACUGUGGUCGUGGUCAGGACCAUCCCAAUCACCCAGACAGGUUCAGUAAGUACAAUCAGGUCCUGAGCAGAGAUGGUCUGACAGGCUGCUGUUACUGGGAGGUGGAGGUGGAAAAAUAUCAAGCUGUUAUUGCAGUGUCUUACAAGGACAUCAAGAGAAAUGGAUAUUCAGAUGAUUGUAAAUUUGGAUACAAUGAGAAGUCCUGGGCUUUAGAAUGUAAAAUAUAUGAUUUUUCCUUUUGGCAUCAGAGCGUUGAAUCAGAAGUAUCACGCUCAGUUUCAAAAAGAAUUGGGGUUUACCUGGACCACAGUGCAGGGAUUUUAGCCUUUUACAACAUUGAGGACCAAACCAUGAGCCUCAUUCACAGAGUCCAGACCACCUUCACUCAGCCUCUGUAUGUUGGAGUCAGACUGGAUCACCGUUAUGACACUGCCUAUUUCCCUAAACUCAGAUAA